CCGUUAACACGAGCGUUCACUCUCCUAAUGAGAGCUAAAUUAAUACAUGUAGGUCCAGGCACAAAAUUCUAACCCGAUUUAGGAUAACUGAUAAGAAAAUUAUGCAUGCGCGCAGAGGUCGAUCGCUCCUUGGAGAUCAUUGACAUGGGUGGGACCUUUGGUCGGGCAUACAGAACGCCGUACCAGGUUGAGUCUGGCCCUCCUCGUCCUUUCGUCGACCCCUAGGCAGGCUUUUUCUCUUCGUGACAUUCGCCUUUGGUCCGAGCCGCUGCUCCGUCCCUAGACAGCCCACGAUUGACCUUGCAAUCAUCGACUAGCACCCUCUUGCGCACCUGCACACCAUGUCGCACCUGGCCCCGGAGAGCAUCAAGGCGGACGCACAAGCCCCUCCGUACGAGGGCGGCCCAUCAGGACCGACCGCGCGCACGGAGUCGAGCCUGAGCUUGGAUCAGAAGGUCUCGCGGGUGGAGAGCGAGCCUGUCGACGUCGUGCCCGAGACCGCUUCGCGCCCUCCGCUCGACUACUCCUCCGUGGGCGCGUUUUGCGCGAGCGUAUGGAGGCGGUUCGCGAGCCUUUGGACGAAGCGGUUCGUUUGGUCGCUGCUGGCGGGGCAGGUCGUCUCGCUGUGCAUCACCUGCACGAACGUGACGACGACGGAGCUUGUGAACCGGAACUGGUCUUUGCCGACGACUCAGACCUUCUUCCUGUACUUCUCUUUAUUCGUAAUCUAUACACCAUACACGAUCUACCGAUACGGGUUUGUAGGAUGGCUGAAGAUGAUCAUGAAGGACGGGUGGAAGUACUUCAUUCUCGCCGCGUGCGACGUCGAAGGGAACUUCCUGGUCGUCAAAGCAUACCAGUACACGACGCUUUUGUCCUGCAUGCUCCUCGACGCGUGGGCCAUCCCCGUAUGCCUGCUCUUCUGCUGGAUCUACAUGCGCCCGAAGUACCACUGGACGCAGCUCCUCGGCAUCUUCAUCUGCGUCGGGGGCCUCGGGAUGCUCGUCGCCUCGGACGAGCUCACGGACAAGGACUGGCCCGCGCUCAGUCGCGCGAAGGGCGACGUCUUCAUGCUCGUCGGCGCGUCGCUCUACGGCUUCACAAACGCGACGGAAGAGUUCUUCGUGCGCCGGUCCCCGCUCUACGAGGUCGUCGGGCAGCUGGGCAUGUGGGGCGUGCUCAUCAACGGCAUCCAGGCCGCGGGCCUCGAGCACCACGACAUGACCACCGCGAGCUGGAACGGGGCCACGAUCGGCCUGCUGGUCGCGUACACGGCCGCGAUGUUCAUCCUCUACACGGUCGCGCCGAUCCUGUACCGCAUGGCGUCGUCCGCGUACUACAACCUCAGCCUGCUCUCGUCGGACUUCUACGGGCUGCUGUUCGGGCUGUUCCUCUUCCACUACACCGUGUACUGGCUGUACUUCCCCGCGUUCGCGGUCGUCAUCCUCGGCCUCAUCAUCUACUUUUGGCACGCGAAGCCGGAAGACCAGGGCAAGAUCGAGCCCCGCGUGCCCGAGUACGUCAGCCCGCGGCAAGACAACCUGAACAUCGUCGCGGGGCAGGUGUAG